GGGGGCCGGAUUUCGAGCAGAGCCCCCCGCCCCCCCUUUCUGAUCGGCCCCGCCCCCUUCCCGGACGGGCGGCAGGUCCCCCCUCCCCCCGUCAUGUGGAGGGCGCCCGCCCUGCUCCUGCUGGGCCACGUUUUCGUCUCCAGCUUUGCCAGCACCCUCCGCAGGCAGCAGCCCCACGCACCACUCGGGGAGCAAGUGUUCCUGGGUGCAGAUGCCGCGCAGGGGUUCUUGGGGCGCCGGCUCCUCUACAAUCACUGGGACUUCGAGCUGGUGACGCCGGGGAACCUGGAGCGCGAGUGCUGGGAGGAGGUUUGCAACUAUGAGGAGGCGCGGGAAGUCUUCGAGAACAACGUUGCAACAAAAGCCUUUUGGGAGAUUUAUCCCCACAAUGGGAAAGGCGGGAGCUCAGACAGCCCCGGGGUGGACGUGGCCGGGCUGGUGGCCGGGCUAGUGGCCGGGCUGGUUCUGAUGAUCAUGGUCGGCGUCAUUGCCAUGUACUGGGUCAAGUACCGGUCCAAGGAGCGCAGGCAGCGCAGUGUCCACGUGCCCCUGAAUCCCGACGUGCCCCUGACCUGCCUCCCUGGGGACCCCAAGCCGCUGGGCCCCCCCGGGCUGCCCUCAUACCAGGAGGCACUGGAGGCGUCGGGAGUCCACGACGCGCCCCCCCCGCCUUAUCCCAGGGCUCCCAGCUCUUCCACCCAGCCCCACUGAUCGGACCCACAGCCACUGGAUUGCUGCUGUGGGCAGGCGGGGAGAGGGGGGGGGAGAUGUGGUGAGUGUGCGUCCGUGGGACACAAUGAGUGUGUGGAUGAAUGUGAGAUGCACGGUGAGUGUGCAACGCGUGAAGGGAAACGGGGUGAAUGUGCAGGUGUGAGUGUGCGAGGUGACCAUGCGAGGUGAGUGUACAUGCAUGCGGCACAGGGUGUGUGCAAAGGGGGUGCAAGGCAGAGGGCACAUGGGACUGGGGUGAGUGUGCAAGACUGGGGGAGCAUGUGUGAUGGGGCCGUGUAUGUAAGGCCCCUGGGUGUAUGUGCCUGGGGUGUGCGUGCGUGAGUGAGACAUGAGGGUGCAUGUAAGUGUGAUGUGGGGCGAGUGUGUGAGGCCGGGGGCAUAUGUGAUGGGGAGUGGGUGUGCAACAUGUAAGGGAUAUGUGUGAUGAGGAGUGGGUGUCCGAGAUACACAGGGUGUGUGAAGUGGAGUGAGUGCAAGGAUGGGGAACGUGAUGGCGAGCAGGUGUGCGAAACAUUGGGGUAUGUGUGGUGUGGGAUGAGUGUGCAAGGCUAGGGUCAUGUGCAACAGGGAUGGGUGAGUGUGCCAGACACGGGCAUGUGUGCCGGAGAUGAGUGAGAGACGGUGGGCGAGCACAUCCAAGCGUGCGAGACACAAGUCUGUGUGUGGAGGAGUGAGGGGGCACAAGCAUGCUGGGUGGUGUGCACGCACAAUGGGGUGAGUGUGAGGAUGAAGCGAGUGUGCGACACAGAGCGCAUGUGCAAGGCACAAGUGUGUGCAUGUGCCGUGAGUGGGUUCUGACAGAGUGCUGGGCACUGGGGGUGCACCUGGCCCCCCCAACCCUGUCCACCCCAUUUGGCAGCACAGAGGAGCCGGCUGGGGAUGGCGCUGACCCACCCGGUCCCCAUCCCCCUGUAGCCGGCUGCACCGGGGCUGGGACCCGCCUCCCGCACCGGGAUUGUUGUCAGCGUAAUAAAGCGCCAGCCGUUUGCUAGAA